AUGACAGGGAGAGACCCUGAGUUCCAGAGGCGUCUCCUGGGGCGCAGGCUGAGGGCGGAGAAAGGGGACGCGCCGUAUGCUCAACUGUUGGAGUUUUGGACGGAGCCCCCGGAGGGUAGAGUUCAGGAGGAACAGAUGGCGAGGUGUUUCUUGUUGUACUUCAUACCGGUCUUAAGGAAUAUCGGGGAGAUUGCCCGUUUUGACUUGGGUGGCGCAGCUUUGGGGGUGUGCUACGCCUUCAUGGGGUCUCUUUCUCGAGGAGCUGGGAAGAGCCUUGGUGGCUAUUGGCAAGUCUGGGAGCUUUGGACAUAUGAGAUACUGGACAUGUACCCUCCCACGAUGUCGUGUCUCGAUGAUACGAUACUCCCUCGGGCCCUCCGUUGGUCGAAGGAGUAUCGAGGAGUGAAGAAGGGAAAUGGUGACCUGAAUGCCGAUCGGCUGUACUUGGACGAGCUGCGUCCCGACCGGGUACACUGGUGCAUCUGGGAUCGUUUCGAGAUUCCAUAUGUGGCCCAGAGCAGGGAGGUGACGAGAGGGAUGGUGCUGCUUGAGUCCCCUUACGGCUCGGAGUGGUACCUGGGUGACCGGGUAUCACGUGAAUCAUUAAGGCUAGACACUUUAUUAGUCCUUGGGCCGCUCCUUCCUCUCGUGCUGACGAUGAGUGAGUAUAUGCUGGAGGAGGUGGAGCGGUUCACGCAGCCAGACUCUCAGCUCAAGCCAUUGAUUUAG